GAAGUGGACCACAAAAGCAUCUGAUGGGAACUUAGAGAAGGCAGUACAACAGAAACAGAUGACAGACAACUCCAUUGCUGCCUCUCUCUUUCUCAGUCUCUCUGCUCAUUGAAAGUUGAAACAUAGAAAGAAUACUGUCACCAUUGCAAUUUAAAGCUUCUUUUUUCAACCCCACACAUAACUUGCUUACAGCUUCUUUCAACUCAGAAAUCAAGGACAACCCAUUAUGUAAAGAUUGCAUUUUUACUUCAUCAAGGACAACCCAUUUAUCAAAAAUGGAUUAUGAAAGGAUUCAAAAGCCUCAGCUUUCUAUGCUAUUUGGAAACUGAUAUAUCAAUGUAACAAUGUUAAAGUUGUUUACUUUUCUCGACUUUGCUGCAAAGUGGUGGUGGUGGAUUUUCACCAGGAAAAUUGAGGAGCAUGCUUCUUGGUGUGGAGAAGAAGAGGAAACAAGAGGAAGAGCUUGAUUCUAAUUUUACUCCGAGAUCUCGAGAUUCAGACAUGGAUGAAUCUGGUGGCAGCAGUUCUGAUCAUUGUAAAUAUGUAGAUGUUGUGAGUGUCCUUCCUGAAUAUUCAACUUCUACCGAUCAAACCUGUAACAUAGAGGCAGAUUGUGGUGACCGUUUGGCGAAGGCUAAUGCAGUAAUGACUUCAAGGAAUAGAAUCCUCGAAGACCCUUCUUUAGAUUAUGAUAGUGGGUAUGAUAGCAUGAUCAUGUCCCCAUCAAUGUUUGAAUUUCAAAAGGCUGAGCGUGCCCCACCACGAGUACCCGUGGGGCCUUUCUCAAAACCAGCACCAUCUAAAUGGGACGAUGCACAGAAGUGGAUAGCAAGUCCGACAUCAAACAGGCCAAAGACUGGACAAAGCCAGGUUCAAGGUGGGCAUGCAGUACCGCGUAAGGUUGGUGGUCUUGGAAGCCGGCAAGCUUCAAUGAAGGUUGUCGUUGAAGUUCCAGAUCAAAAAGAAAUUGGUUUAGAUGAACCGGAUACCAAACAAAUUGAUGCCAAUCAAACGAAGAUGGAAAGUGGCGGACAGAAGUUUGUGAAUUGGGAUGAUGACCCCUAUGCAAUUGCAGAUGCUUAUGCGGUUAGUCUCAGCCAGCAUAAUUCAUCUAUUGCUGCCCAGACUGCAGCAACAUUUGUUCCUCCCCCAUCAACAGCUCGAUCUGUGUCAAUGAGAGAUAUGGGAACAGAAAUGACACCUAUUGCUAGCCAAGAGCCAUCAAGAACAGGUACACCAGUAGGGGCAACAACACCAAUGCGUAGCCCUAAUUCUUCCAGGCCUUCUACUCCCACUAGAGCCGCCCCUUCAAUUUUUACCGAUCCAUGUAACGAUAAUCUGAAUCUUAACAAGAACGAGUUGUCUGAAAAGGAGCUACAAAUGAAAACCAGGCGAGAAAUAAUGGUCCUUGGGACACAACUAGGUAAAAUGAACAUUGCCGCCUGGGCUAGCAAAGAAGAAGAGGAUAAGGAUGCAUCCACUUCACUUAAAACAAAAAAUGCUGAACAACAAGCUAAGAGUGUCGUUGAAGCACGCGCAGCAGCAUGGGAGGAGGCUGAGAAGGCCAAAUAUAUGGCCAGAUUUAGGCGCGACGAGAUGAAGAUUCAGGCAUGGGAAAAUCAUCAGAAAGCAAAAACAGAAGCCAAGAUGAGAAAAAUUGAGGUAGAGGUUGAAAGAAUACGGAGUAAGUCACAUGAUAAGCUGAUGAACAAAUUAGCAGCUGCAAGGCACAAGGCUGAGGAAAAGCGAGCAGCAGCAGAAGCCGAUAAAAAUAAUCAAGCUGCUAAAACCGAGGAGCAAGCAGAAUAUAUCAGAAGAACUGGUCAUGUACCUUCUUCGUAUUUUUCAUUUUCUUGCUGCACUUGGUGCUCUUAAAGCGAGCCAUUCCUUGUUUCUUGUUAAUGUUUUGUUUUUCUAUAGGUGUUCAUUGCCUUUUGCUGCCUACGUCCAAGCAUGUUCAAUAUGCUUCUUGUAUUUUCUUCAUGGUCUAAAAUGAUAUAUUUUCUGCAUAAGAAAUUGUCAGUUAGAAGAGUUGCUAUUUGUCCA